CCCGGCGGCAGACUGAGAGAGAGAGAGAGAGAGAGAGAGAGAGAGAGGCCGGAGAGGCCGGAGGCGGCGAAGGCGGAGGCCGGGCGGAGGAGGAGGAGGAGGAGGCCGGGGCGGCGAAGGCGGAGGGAGGGAGGGGAGCCAGGCCCCUCUCCUCCCCCUCCCUCCCUCCCCCCUCCCUUGCCCCCCCCCUCCCUGCGCGUCGCCCGCCGGAGAGAGGGCGGGGGGCGGGGGGCGGAGCGGGCGAUCGAUGGCCGCGGAGGAAGUGACUGGCGGGGCGCGGAAGGCCACCAAGAGCAAACUUUUCGAGUUCCUGGUCCAUGGGGUGCGCCCUGGGAUGCCCUCAGGCGCCCGCAUGCCCCACCAAGGGGCUCCCAUGGGCCCCCCCGGCCCCCCCUACGUGGGGAGCCCCUCCGUGCGCCCCGGGAUGCCCCCGGCCGUGAUGGAGCCCACCCGCAAGAGGGCCGCCCCCCAGCAGGGCCAGCAGCAGCCAGGGCAGCAGCAGCCGGGACAGGCGCCGGGCCAGGCGCCGCCAGGGACACAGCAAGCCCAGGGCCCGCCAGGGUCAACCGGGCAGCAGGGCGGAGCCAGCCAGAACCGGCCCCGGAGUGCCAAGCGGAGGAAAAUGGCGGACAAGAUCCUCCCUCAGAGGAUCCGGGAGCUGGUGCCGGAGUCUCAGGCCUACAUGGACCUCCUGGCCUUUGAGCGGAAGCUGGAUCAGACCAUCAUGCGGAAGCGCGUGGACAUCCAGGAGGCCCUGAAGAGACCCAUGAAGCAAAAGCGGAAGCUGCGCCUUUACAUCUCCAACACCUUUAACCCGGCCAAGUCUGACGCAGACGACUCCGAUGGGAGCAUCGCUUCCUGGGAGCUGCGCGUGGAGGGGAAGCUCCUGGACGACCUCAGUAAACAGAAGCGGAAGUUUUCCUCCUUCUUCAAGAGCUUGGUCAUCGAGUUGGACAAGGACCUCUAUGGGCCAGACAACCACCUGGUGGAGUGGCACCGGACGCCCACCACCCAGGAGACGGACGGCUUCCAGGUCAAGAGGCCCGGCGACGUCAGCGUGCGCUGCACCCUCCUGCUCAUGCUGGAUUACCAGCCCCCGCAGUUCAAGCUCGACCCCCGCCUGGCCCGCUUGCUGGGCAUCCACACGCAGACGCGCUCCGCCAUCAUCCAGGCCCUCUGGCAGUACAUCAAGACCAACAAGCUGCAGGACUCUCACGACAAGGAGUACAUCAACUGCGACAAGUACUUCCAGCAGAUCUUUGACUGUCCUCGGCUGAAAUUCUCUGAAAUCCCCCAGCGGCUGACGAACCUGCUGCUGCCUCCCGACCCCAUUGUCAUCAACCACAUCAUCAGUGUGGACCCCAAUGACCAGAAGAAGACGGCUUGCUACGACAUUGACGUGGAAGUGGAGGACCCCCUGAAGGGCCAGAUGAGCAGCUUCCUCCUCUCCACGGCCAACCAGCAGGAGAUCACUGCCCUGGACAACAAGAUUCACGAGACAAUCGAGUCCAUAAACCAGCUGAAGAUCCAGCGAGACUUCAUGCUGAGCUUCUCCAAAGACCCCAAGGGCUACAUCCAGGAGCUUCUCCGGUCUCAGAGCAGGGACCUCAAGGUCAUGACGGACGUGGUUGGGAAUCCUGAGGAGGAGCGCCGGGCAGCGUUUUACCAGGAGCCCUGGUCCCAGGAGGCCGUCAGCCGGUACUUCUAUUGCAAGAUCCAGCAGCGUCGGCAAGAGUUGGAGCAGUCUCUGGGGGUGCGCAACACAUAAGCCCCCCCUCACCUCCUGGCCAUGGUGACCCAGCGGCCGGUGGACUUCUCUCUCACAGGCCUGCUCCACCAGCUUCUGGGGGGGUCUUGCCCCACCAACCCGCGCCUCCUCGUGAGGAGACUUCCGCCAUGACUUUUGCUCCGCUCCCUCCAGUUGGUGGGCAGCUGCGCGGGGGCUGUGGUCCCCGUGGACCCCCCCCAGGAGGGAAAUGGACCCAACGGCCACCUUGGUUUUUGUCCCACCGCCCUCUCAUUUGGGCAGAAAGAUUGCCGGGCCCCAAGGAUGGGGGGGAGCACUUCAUCUGUGUGCAGGGUGCCCCCCCUUGCUGGCUGCCUAAUGCCAGGCCUUCGGAGAGCCAACCCCCCCCCCCCCCCCCGCACUGCCCCCCAGCUCUGGCCCGGACCGGACCGUCCUUCCCAAGUGGAGGGAGGGAGGGAGGGGGGGCAGCGGAGGCUGCUCUGCCCAUCCCCCGGGGCCUGAUUGGCGGUUUCUGCAGGAUGACCAAAGCCCACCCCUCCCCCCAUCCUGGAGAGGCCCCCAAAGUCUUGCCCCCCCUCCCCCCCCUUUGCUCUGUCCAAGGUGGGGCUGUAAAUGUUCCAAAAAAAUUUGUUUGGGGGAAAAAAUUUUCAGAAAAAAAACUGAAAAGCGUAGUCUCGGCACCGUUUGCAGAUGGAAAGUCACUUUGUUACUUUAGGAUCAUCAAAUGCAUUGUAUGUAUCUUGGUUUGACAUAAAACGAUCAUGUUUGGUAGAAAAUGAAGACUCUUUGGGAACCAAUUCCAAGGGGGUGUCCAAGGGGGUGUGGCCCUGGGUUGGGGCCCCUGCUUGCCCAGGGAUCCAGGCCGCAGGAGGGGCACUGGGGGCCCUGGCCUGGCGCGCUGGGAGCGGGGAGGGGGCGGCGAGGAGGGGUCUCCUGGGCAGCAGCCCGGCCUUCACCUGGGCCUCACAACCAAGAGCGGGGCUGACGGCGCUCCCGGGCCAGAGUUCGGGCUGGCGGCCCUUUUGUGGGAGGGGGGUCCUGUCGGUUGGACCUAUGGGUCGGACCACCACCUGGUGUUGCAGGAGGGGCUUAUGGGAGCGGGAGGGGCGGUCGUGGCAGAGGCAAGGCAGCCUGGCUCGGGGCGUCAGAGGGCUCCUCCGGAAGUGAGGAUGGGAGGCGGCACGGAAGAGUCUGGCGGGGGGGGGGGGGGGGCUGCAGGGCCCGAUCCAGAGAGAAGCCAUGCAGAGAUCCAGGGAGAGGGCAGCACCGGCGCAAUGGGUUAAAUCCUGCUGACCUGAAGGUUGCUUUGAAUCCGUGAGACAGGGUGAGCUCCCGUCUGUCAGCUCUAGCUUGCAGGGAUAGGAGAGAAGCCUCCCAGCAGGAUGGCAACACAUCCGGGCCAUUUCCCCUGGGCAACCUCUCUGUAGGCAGCACCAGAAGUGACUUGCAGUAUGUUCUCAAGGCAUUGUCGAAGGCUUUCAUGGCCGGGAUCACAGGGUUGUUGGACGUCUUUCGGGCUGUGUGGCCAUGAUGUUCCAGAAGCAUUCUUUCCUGGAGAGAGAAUACUUCUGGAACAUGGCCACACAGCCCGAAAGACAUACAACAACCCUGUUCUCAAGGCGCUUAUGACAUGAUAAAAAAAAGCUGGCUCUCCGGUAGCCACCAGGGGGCGCUUCCUGUGCGACACCCUUCUGUCUGUUGGGUCGUCCCCUGCAGACUGUUCCCUGGGGGACUUUUUCAAUAAAAGGCUCCGUUUCUUUGUA